AUGUCUGAAGCUCACUGUUUUUCUCCCUGCUGCUCAAAUGCCCCUAUAAUAUACUGUGACUGUGCAGACUCCUUUACUUUUAUAUGUGAAGAGCAUGCUAUUCCUCACUGUGAGUCUGAAGGAUUGCACCACUAUUCCAAAAUCUUUACAAAAAUAAAUGAAGAGUCGAGAAACUCUGCCAUUGAAACCGUUUAUUAUUUAGAAGCCGAACUUGAAAAGAUUCGCAGUACAAUUCUUCAAGAAUCAUCUUCAUUAAUUACUCACAUCCAGCAAGUCACUGAAAAUGCAUUAAACAAUCUUAAAAUGUGUGAUGAACAGCUGAAAGAGAUUAUAUCACAAAUUUCACAAAUGAAUGAAAUUAAUAAUCAUACAUAAAAACGGCGUGGCGAAUCAACCUGCCUUCUUAACACCUUAGCCGGAAGACAGUCUGGGUGCCUUGUGGUCGAAGAGCAGCGUUUGGUAUAUGUGUAUCUGGCCAGGUUUUACUUGGUCUGGUGGAGGAGGACGAAACUUGGAAGUUUGAAAGAGAUAACCCAGCAAGGCCAGAGGGCGUUCGCUUGGCAAAUCGGGCAUUUUCCCAGCGCAAUACCGGGAGUUGCGCCCUGAGCCCUUGUCCGGAGGAAGCAACACAAGUCUUAGGCUGUGUAAUCAGACUGGCGAGCAAGGGUUUAGUGCGAAUCAAGUGACGUGAAAAGCUUUUGAAAACUUGCGGGAGCUUCUCUAUAUAACUUAAUGAAUGAAAUUAAUAAUUCAAAGCCUUUAGGUUUCGCGGAAUCGCUAUUAAAAAUAAAACCUGAAGAAAUGUGCAAAGUCAGAGAGAAAAAGCUGCCAAAGCUGUAUUUAAAUAAAAUAAGCCAGAAUGCUGUGGAGAGACUGUUUAGACUGGAUUCUUUGGAAAAAAUAUGCCAGGGUUUUACUCAAAAGCGUUCAGGUGUUUAUAAAGAUAGUCUUCCAAUGAAAACUAACACCAUAAAAUUCGUAUGAAGCUGCAGUGGUAAAAAAAUCAGCUAUUUCGAUGCUGAAAGCCAAAAUGCUUACCAAGUCGAUAUUACAAAUGUAGAUCAAAAUCUUGAUCAAUAUGGAUCAAAAUGUUUACUCCCAGAUGGAAGUUUAUUUUAUUAUGGUAAUGGAGCCCAUUUUAUAAUUACUGCUUCAAAUGAAAUCAAAGAAAUUACAAUGCUUUCUGAAUGCCUAAAUGGGUGUUCUGUAUAUUUUGAUGGUUUCGUGUAUGCGUUAGCUGGAAGCCCACCAUGCUCCCAAAAAUAUAAUUUAUCUACAUCUGACUCCCCCCCUUUAAAUUGGGACAAAAAAUUUUGUUCCAAUUUAAAGAGGGUUAAUUUUUUUUUUAAAAAACAAUAUUAAUAUAAAAUUUUUUAUAAAAAAAUUUCAAAAACUUAUCGAAUUAGAUCAAUAAAUUUGUUUAAUAAAAUGCUAUUUACUCUUCAUCCUUUAAAGCAAAGCAAGAUAUAACUAAAUUUUCAUUAUUAGUUAAUACAUCACUAUUAAUUGGUAUCAAAAUUAUUUACACAAAAAUUAUUAUUUUUAUUGAUAAAAAAACAUUAAAAAAAAAAAUUAAAAAAUUAAUCGAUCAAAGUGUUAAUUUUGUUUAAAUAAGAUGUUAUUUAUAUUCUAUUCUUUAAAAAAAAGCAAGAAAUAAGUAAAUUUUGAAAUUUUAUAAAGAAUUCCUAUUUAAUUCAUACCAAAACUAUUUAAAUAAAAAAUAUAAUUUUUAUCAAAAAAAAUUAAUUUUUGUUUUAAAAUUUAGCAAUUAAGGAUAAUAAAUUUAUUUAAAUAAGAUGCUCUUUGUACUCUCUUCUUUAACAAGAGCAAAAUAUAAUUAAAUUUUUAAUUUUAGUUAAGAAGAAACAUUUAACUUAUAUCAAAACUUUUUAGAUGAAAAUUAUAUAUAAUGUUUUAUUAUAAAAUUAAAUUUUGUUCCAAUUUAAAGGGGGGUUAAUUUACCAAAAAAAGUGGAAAUUUUACCUAUAUUUUGUUCCAAUUUAAAGGGGGGGGGGUGAGUGAACUAACCUUGCAACUUUUCCUAUAAAUGGGAUUUAUUCGUCUUGUGCUCUAUAUGAGGAUUUUAUAUUCGUUGGAGGCAGGGAUUCAACCAAAGCGGUGUAUUAUGAUAUUAUAAAUAACUCUUAUAGUGAAAUUCCUUUAACCUUGGGGACUAUGACUUCUAAAACAUUUUUAGUAAGAAAAGAAUCAAUUUUUCUAUUAGAGUUUUCAAAACAAAUUUAUGAGUGCAAAGGAGAUUUUAAUAGUUGGGUUAGCAUAGGAACUUGUGAAAAUGUUGAUGGCAAUGCACCUGUGAUUGGAUAUUCAGUACACCAUAAAAAGAAAAUUUAUUUUGUUAACUACUAUGGGAUUUAUGCAUUUGAUUUGAUCAAAAAAAAUGUGGAACAGGUGAAGACAUUACCAGAUUCAUCAUCUACUAAUUGGACUUAA